GAGUUGGGAACUCACUGGCAACCUAUGAAACUCCGUGUUCGUGUUCAGGUUUCACCCACGUGUACCAGUCUCCACCACACCAAACUAUAAAAGGAAUCCCACACUCACUCCUUUGGCUGCUUCAAAAAACCAAGAACGAACACAAACCUCACAGAUUAACAAGUAGCAAAGCAAAUCACUUUGAAAGCAAAUCAGUACUCGUAGUCACUCUCAAAUGAAUAUCUUUAGCCAAUGCUCAGACCCUCAUCCAUUUGGGUCUGACUCGUUUUCCUUUGACAAAGCAGAGACUUCUUCUUUAUCCGACGCUGGAAGUGGCACCUCAGCUUCAACUCACAAAGGUGCUCAGUACUCCGAUGAAGAAGUUAUACUAGCUUCGAGGACACCCAAGAAGUGUGCUGGUCGAAGAGUAUUCAAGGAGACACGCCACCCAGUUUAUCGAGGAGUGAGGAAGAGGAACAAGAACAAGUGGGUUUGCGAAGUGCGUGAGCCGAAGAAGAAGACUAGGAUAUGGCUCGGGACGUACCCAACUCCAGAUAUGGCAGCACGGGCUCAUGAUGUGGCUGCUUUGGUCCUUAGGGGAAAGUCUGCGUGUCUCAACUUCGCGGACUCAGCUUGGAGGUUGCGUAUGCCUGCUUCAAAUGAUGCCAUGGACAUAAGGAGGGCUGCCGCGGAGGCGGCGGAGGCUUUUCGGCCUAGAGAGUUUGGUGGGGAAGGCGGUGGUGGUGGUGAUGAUGAUGAGGAAGUGAAGAAUUGUGAAGAGGUUUUAGGAAGCUGUGGUGAGAGUGCUGUGGUGGAGAAGAAAGCAAGUGUGCAAGAAAAUGUGGUUUAUUUGGAUGAGGAGGAAUUGUAUGACAUGCCUGGCCUGUUGGUGAAUAUGGCUGAAGGGCUUUUAAUAUCUCCACCUCCUUGUGUUGGGGAUAGUAAUAAUAUCGACUGGGAUGACAUGGAGAGUGAUGCCCAGGUGUCAUUGUGGAGUUUUUGAGCCUGACAAGUUUGGAUAGUGAGUAAUUCUAGAAUCAAGUCAUUUUUUAUAACAAUUUUUUUUUUUUGUUAAGUGGUGACUUUAUUUGUAUUUAAAACUUUUUCUUCACUGUUCAUAAUUUAACACAAAAUUAAAUUGUAAUAGAAAAAGAGGGCAAUCUUAGAUUUUUCCA